GCAAGAGCCAUAGGGAGAGCGAGCAGAAUGCUGCCAACGCUGACGAGAGAGGCACCGGCAAUGACGGGAACCUGGGAAGGAACGGUUCCGUUGUUAGGAACCUUGUAGGUAGGAGCAACACCGGGCACAUCGUAGCCAGGAGCAGCGGCGUCAGCACCACUGCCAGUGGCAGCGGGGUAGUCACCAGAAUCAGUGGCAGAGGCCAUGACUCGGGUAAGGGUGGUGAAGGCACCGGGCUGCUCAGUAGCAGUGUCCUGAGGGGCCUGGCCAGUGUGGUUGUCGAUGAUGGUGACAACGGGAGCAGCAGGAGGGUGGACAGUGGUGGGAGCAACGAAGGUGCUGGUGACAAACUCGGUGCAGGGGACAAUGGUUGUGACGUCCUGGGUGAUAGUGACGAGGUCGAUGGUGGUCUGCGCAGCAGCAGGGGGGGCGGUAGGAGCAGGGGCAUCGCCGUUAGCACCAGAGCCGUUGCCACCCUCAACAGGAGUCUCGUCACCGGGAUUGAUGACGGAGGCAGCACAAGAGGUGAUGGUGUAUACAUGGGUCUCACGGAUGGUGGAAGUGAUCAUGCCAGAAGCAUCAGGGGCCUCAGUGACAUCGGCAGCGGGAGCAGAGGUGACCUCAGCGUCGGAGCCAGCAUCAGUGGUAACAUCAGCGGGGGUACCGUUGUCGCCGUUGGGAGCAGUGGUAGCAGCAGGGAGAGAUCCAGAGCCAGACUCAGCGGGAACCUCGCCAGCGGAAGUGGCAUCAGCACCAGGGGAAGGAGGAAGCUCGUAGUUGUUACCACCAGUGGCAACAGGGACACUGCCAGAGUAAACGGAAGUGAAGCCAGCACCAGGGACAACCUGAGUGAAGGUCUCAGAACCAGAGACAACAGUGGUAAAGCCAGGAGUACCGGGAACGACCUUGGUGACACCUUCAGAUCCGGAAAUGAUGGUUGUGAAACCCUCAGAGCCAGAGAAGUAAGAGGUGAAGCUGCCCUCGGAGUCAGAGAUGACAGUGGUGAAGCCCUCAGAACCAGUGAUGUAAGAAGUGAAACCCUCAGAGCCAGAAAUGAUGGUAGUGAAACCCUCAGAGCCAGAAACAGUGACAGUCUCGCCGGGACCAAAGAUAGCAGUAACGUCGCCGCCCUUGGUGAUGGUCUGGUUGGGGAUGUUACCACCGGGGCCAACAGGGACUUCGCCAGCAGAGGUAGUAGCAGGAGAAGAGCCAGAUUCGGUAGCAUCAACGGGAGGUCCGCCUUGAGUGGCAGAGUCGGUAGUGUCAGGAAUCUCAGCAGCGGAGGUAGCAACUGGGAGAGAACCAGAGCCAGUGACAUCGCCAGGACCCUCGGGGGAAGCAGAGUCAGUGGAGUCGGGGAUCUCAACAGAGCCAGAAGCGUCAGGGACAACAACGGUGCCAGAGAACUCGACAGACUGGGUAACACCAGCGGGGAUAGUGAUGGAAGCGUCAGGGCCAGCAGUAGUAGCAGUGAUCACACCGGAAGCAGGGAUGGUAGGGCCGCCAAUGAAGCCACCCUUCUUGAAGCGACCGAUGAAGCUACCGCAAGUACCACGGGUCUUCUGAGAGAAGGUAGACUUGAUACCCUUGGCAAGACCGACAGACAGGUUGGGGAUGAGGUUGAAGAAACCACCGGAGAAGUCCCACUUCUUGUCAACAGCGAGACCGAGGUUGCAGCCGAAAGAGCCAGUGACAUCGAUACCAGCAGAAGCACCGCCGCCAAUCUUAGCAGAGUAGUCGAGGAGAGAGAACCAGACACCAGCACCGAAGCCAGCAUCAGCACCAGCCUUGCCAGUGAGACCAAGGACAGGGAUCUCGAGACCACCAGGGAUAGCAAGCUCAGAACGGAGUCGGAGACCGAUCUGAAGAUCGAUACCAGCACCAAGCUCGACAUCAGCACCGACACCGACGGGGAGAGCCUUGGUGACAAGACCUUCAAGAGAAGCGUUGAUAACCUUCUUGGUGAGAAGGUCAAUGUCGACGUAGGCAUCGGCAGGGAACUUGACGUAGACACCAGCGGAGAGAUCAAUGGCCUUGCCACAGCCGACGAUAAGAUCAACGGCAAUAGCAGCCUCGAUGGCAGCCUUCAGAUCAGCAUCGACCUCGAGGCCAGGGAUGGCAACACCGAGCUUGGGGGCAGCGAAGAGUUCGACGGACUGAUGGACGGCAGCAGAAGCAGAGAGAUCGAUCUCGAUGUAAGCAGAGAUACCACCGAGGCCAACACGGACGUUGGGGGUCUUGAGGAAGUCAGCACCGCAAGCGAAACCGAUGUUACCAGUGAUCUGGCAGCUGGGGAGGUUGAGACCGAGGUUGACAGCGGGGGUAGUCUCAGUCUCGGGAGAGCAGAUACCCUGGAAGAGGAUGUGGUCCUUCCAGGUAUUGCCGAUGCUGCAAGAAGUUCCAGUGUGCCAGUCGGCACCAGCACCGGCGUUCCACUCAAUACCACCGCCGAGGAGGCCCUUGAGACCGCCGAGGCCACCAAGUCCAAGUCCAAUACCAGCACCGACACCAGCACCAAGGCCAGCGCCAAUACCAGCACCAACACCGAGACCGCCUCCUAG